AUGAUCUCGGGCGGCUCCGACGCGGCCAUCAAGCUCUGGGAUCUCGAACAGUGUGCGAAUCCCUGGAAACCCCAUACUUACCACCCCGUGGCUGUGGUUCCCCGGGCCCCAUCCGGCCCCGGCCCCGGCCCCGGCUCCGUAGGUGGGCAUCGCUUCGGCAUCACCCAUUUGUGCUUCUACCCGUUCGACAGCGCUGCUUUUUUGUCGUCUUCCUACGACCAGACGCUGAAACUGUGGUCCACCGAGAGGGCCUCGGUUUCGGGGUCUUUUGACCUCGGGGCGAAGGCGUACGCGCACGCCAUCUCCCCGAUCGCUGCCCAUCUGCUCGUCGCCUGCGGGACGCAACAUCCCGCCGUGCGCCUCGUCGAUCUGCGCUCCUCUGCCGCCGUACAGUCGCUGGUGUCCCCGGGCCAGCUUGGCGGUUCCGCCGGCGCCACGCUGGCGGUCGCCUGGUCGCCGGCCCACGAACACGUGCUGGCCGCCGGCUCGGUGGACGGCCGGGUGCGCAUCUGGGACGUGAGGAAGGCCAACGGCCUAGUUGCGCUGCUCGACCAGGAGGAUACCGUCGGCAUCGUCGACGCGGAGACGCCACGCGCGCCGCGUCUGUCGGCAAAAGCCCAUGCCGGCCCGGUCAACGGCCUCACCUGGACCGACGACGGCGCGUACCUUGUCUCCGCGGGCCAUGACGGCCGCAUCCGCGUCUGGGACGCCGCAACCGGCGCGAACACGCUCGCGAACUUCGGCCCCAGUAUCCGAAACAGCCAGAUGGGAACACUGACCAUGUUCGUCUCCCCCGUCGGUCUCACGCCGCCGGGCAGGGAACUCCUGUUCUUCCCCAACGAAACCGAAAUACUGGUCAUGGACCUGCACGAAGGUUCCACCGUCACAAGGUUGCGCGGUAUGGGACCGGCCGUGGCCGCCGUCGGGACCCGGCGAGGCGGGGAGAGGACGGUCAGGAACCGGGUAACGUGCAUCGCAUGGAGAGGAGCCGGCGGCGGCGGCGGUUCCAGCGGUAUGGUUAUGGGAGGCAGCAACGCCCCAGGGGGUGUCUACAGCGGGCAUUCGGACGGGCAGAUCCGGGCCUGGCUCCCACGGCUCGAAGGCGCAGAUGACGAAGCGGAGAGCAAGGACGAAGAGGAUGCGUCAGCAGCCCGAGCAAAAAAGCGGAAGGUCCUUGACGAUGCUUUUCGUAGCCUGAUGGGCCGCCAGGUUACGUUCUCCUGA